GGGAACGACUCUCGAGAAAUGACAAACAUUUAGCUGAUUUUACAGAUAUGCAUGUGUAUUUGUUGUAACAAGAUGCCAUGCAAUUUACGGCAAUCGCUGAUGAAAAUGCCGUUCAGAGGGACAACGAGCAUAGAUUGGAUUCAGAUGACGGUCAGAAUUAUUGCCUAAUAGUUGUAAGCUCAGGGGACAAUAUUAAACAAAGCGGUGAUGCACAUUCGGAUGAUAAAGACAUAACUGAAUUACCCAAUUGCGGGGUAGAUUCCGUAAUUGAUUCCAAGAGUAACAAGACAGAAGCUCUAUCCGAAACUUGUGAACCAGAUUGUGAUUGUACAAACACUGUUACCACUGAAGAACACGAUGAGACUUAUUUCCAUUCUCCUUCAUCAAUUACGAGCGUGGCAUCCUCCACUAGUACACUAUCAAAUGGUAAUAUCUGUCGAAUAUGCUUGAGUAAUGAUCACGAAACGCCUAUGGUAUCCCCCUGUAACUGCAACGGAACUGUUAAAUUCUGUCACCAAGAAUGCCUUCUCGAAUGGCUCUCUAUCAAAAGAUCUAAAGAAUGUGAACUUUGUGGAACAAAAUUUAGAGUGUGGAACUCCGGCUAUAAACAAUUUCGACAAUGGGUUUGCCCACCUUUAUCAGGUGUUGACAAAACUCAUUUAGCUCUUUUUCUUGUCUGCGUGCUUACUCUGUUUAUUUCCCUCGGCUGGAUACUGUGGAAUGUCAGCAACAAAUCUGGGAGUGUUUAUCACUCACGAAUACGCACUGCAGCAAUUAUUACAUAUUCAAUAUACGGACCGUUGGAUAUUAUAAGUCUCGUCCUUAUUAUUUUGGAAAUCAAAUACACAAUUCUCCCCAUUUUUGAUGCCUUUAGAACUUUAAAUAGUAUUAUGAUUAUUAAGAACCAUACCAGAUUCUCAGAAGAAAAUAUAAGUAUCAAUAAAGAUGGCGCGUGGAUUGAUACUGAGCAAUUUACAAUAUGUGAAAGUGAAGUGCUGGCCUGAGAAUCGCCAAAUGAACAUUCUACAUUUAUAACUUACUUAUUAUGAUUUUAAAUCAGCUAGUUCUAUGAAUACUAAAUAAAUACAGCAAGAGAUCUUAUUUGAUUGUUCUAUGUGACAAUGAAUAUCAUAUGGUUAAUAGACUAGAUGCGAGUAGAAAUGAUCUUGAUUUACGUCAUUAAAUAUUCAAAAUUCAGUCAAAGUGAUGUCAUAUUUGAAAUCUACAUGUAAAAAUACAUCUAAAAAUAAGGUUUCGAAAAUUGUUUAUCUACUUUGAAA